AUGACUGCCAAUGGUCCCCCGUUCGGAUUCGCAAUACGCAGAAAUGGCUCCUGCCUAAGAGACAUAGGAGAAUGCGACACCGACGCAGGGAAGGAUCCUGUAACAUCUCAACAUUUCUGGCGAUGCUGCCCCACCGGCGCAACGUGUAGCGACGCAAACACAGGGUUGUGUUGUCCGGAUGAACAAGACUGCAGACAGGAAGUUAGUAACCCAGCACACUGCGCCAACGAAACCUGGGAUCUUUAUCGAAACUAUGAUGGCGGGCAUUUCUGUUGUGAGCAGGGUCAAUACGGGUUUAAUAGGUCUCAGGGCGGGGUUGGGUGUGGGACAGAACGAGAUCUUAUCAUUGAAAGUAGGACGUCGCUAAGCCCGGUUUCACUUGGCACGACCCCAACACCGAGCAGCUCCGCGAUAUCGAGCAGCUCCCCGACUUCAAGCAACUCCCCAACAUCUAGCAGUUCCCCAGCAUCGAGUAGCUCCUCCAGUCCAAAUACUGGCGCUAUCGCAGGUGGUGUGGUUGGUGGUGUUGCCGGGCUAGCAAUCAUUGUCGCCUUGCUUUGGUAUUUCAUGCGUCGUCGCUCACGGACGCAACCACCUCAAGUGCAGACACCCAUCACCGGAGCAGCAAUGUUGCAGCACGAGUCUUUGCAGUCCCCGGGCAUACCGAGCGAGUUAGACGGCAAAAGUUCUGUGGCAGAGCUACCUAGCCACACAGAAAAUACUCUCCACGAGUUGCCGGAAUCUGCAAAGAGUCGAUGA